AUGCAUUGUUUCUUGGGAAGAAAAUUCACCUCUUCCUUCUGUCUCCCUGGGAGAAAAAUGUGGCUAAAGUUUCUUUUGGCUAUUUUUCUCCUACAUAUAACAGCUGCAAAGGAACCUGAGCUGCAGUAUGUCCUGAUGGUGCCUGCAGUCCUCCAGAAUGAGUCUGCGGGUCAGGUUUGCUUGCAGUUCCUCAACCUCAAUCAGAUGAUAUCCCUAAGAGUCAUCCUAGAAUAUGGUGCUGUUAACACCACUAUUUUUGAGAAGACCAUGAUGGAAAGCAAUGGUUUACAGUGCUUCAGCUUCACGAUUCCUCCCAUCAGUUCUGUCCUGUUGGCUUUCAUUUCCUUCUCUGCCAACGGCACCACAGUCAGCCUGGAAGAGCGACGGUCAGUUAUGAUUUGCAACAUGGAGAGUAUUGUCUUUGUGCAGAUGGACAAACCCAUCUACAAACCAGGACAAAGUGUGAUGUUUCGUGUUGUUGCUCUGGAUUUCAAUUUUAAACCUGUUCAGGAGAUGUACCCUUUGAUUGCAAUUCAGGAUCCAAGGGGCAACAGGAUCUUUCAGUGGCAAAAUGUGACAUCAGAGAUGAACAUCGUCCAGAUUGAAUUCCCAUUAACUGAAGAGCCUAUCCUGGGGAACUACAAAAUUACCAUAGCAAAGAGAUCUGGAGAUAAAACAAAUCACUCAUUCCUUGUGGAGGAAUAUGUGUUGCCAAAAUUUGAUGUUAUUGUCACUGCACCAGAAAGCCUUACAGUCAUGGAUAUAGAUUUCACAGUGAAAGUCUGUGGAGUGUACACCUAUGGCCAGCCUGUUGAGGGGAAAGUCCAGCUCAGCAUGUGCAGGGAUUUUGAUUCAUAUGGGCAGUGCAAGAAAAGCCCAGUUUGUCAAUCAUUUACCAAAGACUUGGAUUCAGAGGGCUGCCUCUCCCGUGUUUUCAGUUCCAACAUCUUUGAGCUAAACCGCAUUGGUUACAUGAGGAAUCUUGAUGUGAAAGCCACUGUCACAGAGAAAGGAACAGGCCUGCAACUUACAGCUAGUCGGUCUAUUCCGAUAACUCGAGUGAUGAGUAGUAUACAGUUCGAGAACAUGGAUCAUCACUACAGAAGAGGAAUUCCUUACUUUGGACAGAUCAAACUGGUAGACAAAGACAAUUCUCCUAUUUCCAACGAGGUUGUUCAGCUAUUUGUGAAUAACAAGAACACAGACAACUUCACCACUGAUGUUAAUGGCAUCAUUGAUUUUAGCAUUGACACAUCUGAAAUGUUUGAUCCUGAGAUCAGUCUAAAAGUGACAUCUAAAACCAGUGACCAGUGCCAUUCUGAAGGCUGGAUAGAGCCUUCCUACCCCAAUGCAUCUGUCUCUGUCCAGCACUUCUACUCCUGGACUAACAGUUUUGUGAGGAUUGAGCCGUUGUGGAAAGAUCUGAGCUGUGGGCAAAAGAGGCUGAUCACUGUGCACUACAUCUUGAAUACAGAAGAAUAUGAGAGCAUCACCACCAUGAACUUCUAUUAUGUGGGCAUGGCAAAAGGCAAGAUAAUCCUUACAGGGGAAAUUAAAAUUAAUAUCAGAACUGAUCAAAACGGCACUUUUGCCAUCCCACUUGUGGUCAAUGAGAAAAUGGCUCCAGCCCUUCGGUUGCUAGUAUAUACCUUACACCUUGCAAAGGAGCUGGUAGCAGAUAGUGUCAGAUUUCCAGUUGAGAAGUGCUUCAAAAACAAGGUCCAGCUGAAAUUCUCUGAAAAGCAGAUACUUUCAGCUUCCAAUGUCAGCUUAGUCAUUGAAGCUGCUGCCAACUCCUUCUGUGCUGUGAGGGCUGUGGAUCAGAGCAUCCUGCUCCUGAAGUCUGAGACAGAGCUGUCUGCUGAAACUGUAUACAGCCUGCAUCCCCUGCAAGAUCUACAAGGCUACGUCUUCAAUGGGCUCAACCUAGAAGAUGACCCCCAAGACCCAUGUAUCUCAUCUGACAACAUCUUUCACAAUGGCUUGUAUUAUACCCCUGUAAUGUCUGGAUUAGGCCCAGAUGUAUAUCAGUUCCUCAGGGAUAUGGGCAUGAAAUUUUUUACCAACUCAAAGGUACAGCAACCAGUUGUGUGUGCUAGCGAGACUGUAAGACCUCAGCCAUAUUUCUUGAAUGUGGGAUUUGCAGCUUCUACACAUCAUGUCAAAUCAUCAGUUGAAGUUGCUAGGGAGGAACGUGGGAAGAGACUCAUAGUUGAGACUAUUCGAGAAUUCUUCCCUGAAACUUGGAUUUGGGAUAUAGUCCCAAUAAACUCUACUGGAAAAGCAAGUAUUCCAUACACCAUCCCUGACACGAUCACUGAAUGGAAGGCCACUGCCUUCUGUGUGGAAGACUUGGUUGGAUUUGGUAUCUCUGUGCCUGCCACCCUAAUUGCCUUCCAGCCUUUCUUUGUGGACUUGACUUUGCCAUACUCUAUCAUCCGUGGAGAAGAUUUCCUACUUAGAGCCAAUGUCUUCAGCUACCUCAACCACUGCAUGAAGGUAGAUGUUUUGCUGUCAGAUUCCCUUGAUUAUGAAGCCAAACUCAUCUCCCCAGAGGAUGAUGGAUGCGUAUGUGUCAAACAAAGAAAGACUUAUGUUUGGAAUGUUUUCCCCAAAGAAAUUGGUGAUGUGCUAUUCAGUAUUACUGCAGAGACCAAGGAUGGUACAGCUUGUGGAGAUAAAGCAGCCAGGAACAUCAGUAUUGACUACAGGGACACCCAGAUCAGAACAUUGUUGGUAGAGCCUGAAGGCAUCAGAAGGGAAGAGACUCAAAACUCCCUCAUCUGCACAAAAGAUGAUACGGUUUCUCAUGGUGUUGCUCUAGAUCUACCUAUAAAUGUGGUGAAAGGAUCAGACAGUGCCUCAUUUUCUAUUGUUGGCGACAUCAUGGGCACUGCCAUGCAGAAUGUGCAACAGCUCCUCCGGAUGCCAUUUGGCUGUGGGGAGCAGAACAUGGCCCUGUUUGCACCCAACAUCUAUGUCCUGGACUAUCUGAACAAGACAGAGCAGCUGAGUGAGGAAGUCAAAUCAAAGGCCAUUGGAUACUUAGCAAGCGGAUACCAGAAACAGCUGUCAUUCAAACAUCCAGAUGGGUCCUACAGCAUCUUUGGCACCAGAGAUAAAGAAGGGAACACCUGGCUCACUGCCUUUGUGUACAAAUCAUUUGCACAAGCUAAUCGCUUCAUCUAUAUUGAUGCCAAUGUCCAGGCUCAAACUCUGAUGUGGCUGGCAAGCAAACAGAAGCCAGAUGGCUGCUUCCGAAGCUUUGGGACACUCUUCAACAACGCCUUGAAGGGAGGAGUAGAUGAUGAACUGUCACUUUCUGCCUACAUCACUGUUGCCAUGCUAGAAGCUGGGCACUCCAGCUCGUACCUUGUAGUCCGAAAUUCCUUUUUUUGCCUGGAGACUGCAUCUGAGAAGAAUAUCAGUGAUAUUUACACUCAAGCACUCAUGGCCUAUGCUUUCUGCUUAGCCGGAAAGAUGGAAAAAUGUGCAUCUUUCCUCAGACAGUUACAGAAAUCAGCAAAGAAACUUGGUGGCUCAAUGCACUGGGAGCAGGAGCGGAGAUCCCCAUCAGAAAAAUCCCCCUCCUUCCUUGACCAUGCCCCAUCAGCUGAAGUUGAAAUCACGAGUUAUGUGCUGUUGGCAUUGCUUUACAAACCCAACUAGAAUCAAGAGGACCUCACAAAAGCCUCAGGGAUUGUGCAAUGGAUCAUCAGACAACAGAAUCCCUAUGGAGGUUUCUCUUCCACCCAGGACACAGUCAUUACUCUUCAAGCCCUUGCUGCUUAUGGUGAGGCCACCUACAAUUCUGUUAUGCAAAAUGUAGUUAAGAUAACUUCCAAAAAGCAUUUUGAGAAGAUAUUUAUUGUCGAUAAUGAGAAUAGGCUCCUGCUGCAACAGAUUUCCCUUCCUGAGGUCCCUGGGACUUACAACCUAACAGUGAAUGGCAGUGGAUGUGUUCUUAUGCAAACAGCACUGAGAUACAACAUUCACCUUCCAGAGGGGGCCUUUGGAUUUUUUCUCUUAGUACAGAUAGCAAAUGCCUCCUGCCCAUUGGACCGACCGGCAAAAUUUGAUAUUGUCCUCAUAAGCAGUUAGACAGGGAAGCGCAGUGGCUCCAACAUGGUCAUUAUUGAUGUGAAGAUGCUCUCUGGCUUUGUUCCUGUUAAGUCUUCUCUGGAUAAGCUCAUUGAUGACCAUACAGUGACGCAAGUAGAAAACAAGAAAAAACAUGUUCUCUUUUAUCUGGAAAAUAUCUUGCAGAAGAAAAGCAAAGAAAUCACCUUCUCAGUUGAGCAGGAGUUUGUAGUGACCAAUCCAAAGCCAGCUCCUGUGCAGAUCUAUGAUUACUAUGAAACAGAAGAGUAUGCUGUUGCUGAGUACAAAUCACCUUGCAAAGAGGCUGCUGCAGGAAUGGGCUAAUAGUUAC